AUGCCUGCUGUGCUACUGCGUCUGUUUAUAUUCUCAUUUACAGACUUGUCCUACAAUCGUUUGGCGAAAGUUCCCAAUGACUCGUUUCAGUAUUUGAGUAAUUUGACAUUCCUGGAUUUGUCCUACAAUAAGCUGGUACGUCUGGAGCCGCAAUCAGUGCGGCGAUUAAGAAGUUUGCUGACUUUGAAUAUCAGCGGGAAUGUGCAGAUGAAUCUGCAUGACAUGCGAGAAACGUUUGAGGAGAAAACCUUUUGAACAUGGAAGAAGAAGGCCA